AUGCAAAGACAUCUUGGUUCUCCGAUUGAUAAAAAAGCAAUGAUGCAAAGAAACAAUACAUCUCUCAGAAAUUUGGCAGAAAAAUCAAAAUUCGCCAAACAAUAACUCAGUAAGUAAAGAAGAUAAAUGAUCGUUUAGAAAAAGAAGUCAAUCCAUUAAUCUAUAAGAAUAAGAUGAGCCAUCUGUUCAUAAUUCGCAACCUUUAGAGACAAUGAGGGUAUCCCAGCCGAGUUUCCCCUUAGUUCAGCAAAGUCCUAAUGAAUGUUUUUAAAAAGUUCUUGGGUCUAAAGAAGGAUCGAGAGACGGUAGUGGAGAAGAGGAUGAUAGAAAUGCUGCUAACGUUGUAAAACCCUCUAAGAUUAGAAGACUAUCUCGUUUAAAGGAUACUGAACCAUCACAAUCUCUUAAAUUCUCACUUAUCAUUACUCAAUCAAGUAGAUUGAAAUAAACUUGGGAUGCAAUCAUUUUUAUAGUAUUAAUGUAUCAUAAUACGAUUUAUUAGAUAUGUUUGUGUAUUUACACCGUAUAAGAUGACAUUCAUAGAUGACGGAGAAUUCCCUAGUUGGGAUUACUUCGAUAACUCUAUUGACUUUUUGUUUAUGGCCGACAUCAUCUUCACAUUUCUCUGUUCUUAUUAUGAUGAAGAGAAUAAUCUAGUCAAAGAUCAUAAAUUAAUUGCUAUCAACUACUUAAAAGGGUGGUUUGCUGUAGAUCUAAUAGUAUAUAUAUGAAAAAUAAUUCUUAGUCUUGUUUUCCAUUUUAAUUCAUAUUUCAAGAUUAUGAUAAAUCAAGAAACAUUACAAGAUUGUCAAAACUGCCAAAAAUAUAUCGAGUCAUCAAAAUGAUUAAAAUAUUUAGAAUGAUCUAAUUGAAGGAUUUAGAGUACAUAAAGGUCAUUAACAUCAAUAUAGGAAGUGAAAGAUUUCUUUAUGCAUUCUUUUUGUUGAUAUUCAGUUGUCAUGUUACUGGAUGCAUUUGGUUUUUCAUAGCCUCUCUCUCAGAAGAUCCUGAUUGGGAAUACAAUUUCCUCUCUGGAUAUGAUCAAUAUAUUGUCUCCUUGUAUUGGGCAGUAUAAACUAUUUUAACAGUUGGAUAUGGCGAUGUCAAAGUCUACAAGUGGCCUUCAUAUCUUUUUGCAAUCUUUUGGAUGUUAGUCUCAGUAUACAUAUUUUCUUUUGCUGUUGGUUCUUUAGCAUCAUUUUUAGAUAGAAUGGAUCACGCAAAUUCCAUUUAUGUUCAUAGAGUUUCUACUUUGAAGAACAUCAAGAAAGAAUUUCAUAUAUCAAAUGCUAUAUUCUAAAAAGUAAAGAAUGAAUUGAAAUCAGGUAAGAAAAAUCUAUUAUUGAAUUAUAAUACUCUUUUGGAAGAUCUGCCUCCUUAAUUAAGGGUUGAAUUAUCAUUCAUAAUGAAUAAGUAAUUGUAAGAGGAAAUUAAAUAUUUCCAAGAUAAAGCGCCUACUUUUAUAGCUGCCAUAGGACCUGUUCUAACACCAUUGAAAGUAGGAGCUCAUGAAUAUUUAUUUAUGACUGGUGACAAUGCAGAAGAAAUUUACUUUGUUAAAAGUGGAAAGCUAGCUUUAGUGAUUCCAGAUAACGAGAAUUUCAAAUUCCUAAUGAUCAAACCAGGAUCUUAUUUUGGUGAAAUUGAUAUCUUGUUUUAUGGAGAAAAAAGAAAAUACACUAUUAUGACAACCAAAAAAUGCGAAUUUUAUGUACUAUCAAAAAAGCACUUCAAACUAAUAUAUUUAAACUAGUUCAGAGAUGAAGGAGCAAAAAUGAUUAAGGAAGCUCAAAAAAGAAAAUAAAUGAUUAAAUCAGCCUAUGAAGAAGCUAUCCAAUUUAUUGAAGUUCAUGGUGAGAAGCAAUUUAAAAGGAAUUAACAGCAUUCUUGUUCUAUUCAACUUAAACAUAUGAAUUCUGUCUCAAGCUCUAAGAGCCAGUAAGAAAGUAAUUAUUUAUCAAUAUUUGAAAGUGUCAGUCUCAAAUCAAAAAUUCUAAUUAGAAAAAAUAAUUUAAGAAGAGAAUGAAGACGACGAUCAAGAAAGAGAAACUGAAGCCUUUAUGUCAUUGAUGGAUAGGUAAUAGUUUAAAAAAAAAAUGACUCAACUUGAAAAAUAAAUCUAAUAAAAGGAUCACACUAUUUAAGCUAUCUAAUAAGAACUUGAUGAACUAAUGACUGAAAUCCAAUUGAAAAACUUAGAUGCGUUGUAAGAAAAAAUUAAAGUGCCCAAAACUUUUGAAGAGCAUUUACAAUAACGACGCUUUUUAAAGGCAAAUCAAAAACUAAAAGAAGAAUUGAAUAAAAGAAAAAGUAGGAAAGUUUCAUUACGUUUCUCAUUUAAGUAAACAACUUCCCUAAGUGAGUCAGAAAAUAAUCGUAAUUCACUCUCUCCUUUAAUAUUGGAUGAUGAGUAAGAUUGA